AUGUCAAUCAGACAAAAACUCUUCCCUCAGCGAAAGCGAAUGUCUGGUAUUUUUGAAUCAGAGCACUCGCCAACUGACGUGGACAGCCUAAAGAAAAAUAGACGAGUUUCGAACGCUUCAGAUAUGAUGUUGAGUCAUCCUCCAAUCGAUCAGCACACCUCCAACCUUCUCAACACUAGUCUCUGUAAUAAUCCCUCCAUGUCAGAAGAUUCACUCUCUCGAAAAGUUACCAUUGGAUCAUCGACUUGUAUUGAUAGUAGUACUGGUAGCAGCGAGGUUGAUUCAUCACCAAAUAAUAAUGGUAAUACACUCGAUAUCAAGAGCAGUAGAGGGAAACAAGAGCAAUCAUCCACAGUGAUGAUCGCUACUGCUCCUCCUGCUGGUUCUGAUGCGGUAAAUGAUGAUGUUGCUUCUUCUGGCUCAUCCAAAAACAGCCUAAAAAACGAAGAGAAAAAUGCUUCAUUGUUGCCACAACAAGACUCAUCAUCAACAAGUAUAAAAUCGGACUCAUCUUCUCUCAAUAACAACAACAAUAAUAAUAAUAUUAGCAAUAAUAGUUCAGUAUCAUCAUCAUCAUCCGCCUCAGUAGUAGAUAAUAUUGAAGACGAUAUGACAAAAAACAGAUCACUCACAUAUGCUGUUGGUGAUUCCAAAUUUAAGGGAAUUGGCCCUAAUGAUGUUAAAUCACCACAAUCACAGAAUGCUACUACAGUUUCAACCUUUCUUACCGAUGAACAACCAUCUACUAUUUCUCCAACAACUGCUAUGAAUAAUAGAUUCCAAGGAAUCAGUUCAAAAGACGCCAAACCUACAACCACAACAAGUACUACAUCCCAACCAAAGCAUGCUAAUCCUCCACCAAUACAAACAACAUCAUCCGUAUCAAAUAAUGGUAAAUCAUCAACUCCUACAAAUAACAAGCCAGCAUCAUCAAAACCAGUAGAAAAACCAAGAGUUUCUCAAGACCUUUCAAGAGAAGCAGCUUUAAAGAAGAAAGCAACAGGAAAAAGCUUAACAAUGCCAUCUUCAUCACAAAACAAAAUUGUAGUGAUUGGUUGUAGAGGUAUUGGUAAAUCCGAAAUGGUGUACAAGUUUUUACACAAUGAAAUUCGUUUUUAUCAUCAAUUAAAGAAAGAUAAGGCUCAUCUACUUGAAGAACUUAAAGGUACUUUGGCUUCCGAACAAAAGACUAUUAACGAGAAAAAAACACAAUCAGCGUCCAACCAACAGAAUGCUACUACCACACCAACAAAUAAUUUACCAUCAUCAUCGACAUCAUGCACAAUAACACCUAAAACUGAACCUUCUCCAACAAAAGUUCAAGACAAUUUACCAAUAGAUCCAGGUGCAAUAGUGGAAAAUGAAAUUGAGUGUGCUCUCAAACCAUCAGACUCUUUAGAAGUUAGAAAACUGAAAUUACUUUUAAUGAAGAAAGACCAAGAAAUUAAAAAACAAAAAGAAGAAAUGGAAAAUACCAUUCAAGAACUUUCAAGUAUGUGGAAAAAGGAGAGAACAGAAAAGGUCGAACUUGAAGAAGAGUAUGUCGAAAAGGAAAAUGAGUUGAAUCAUUAUAUUUCAGUUGUUGAACAGAUUCAUCACUUGAUUAAUUUGGAUCCAAAGUCAGAUGAAAUUCCAGAAGCAAUUUCUUUCAAACUUCCUGAAAAUCCUAAUAAUGGAAUUUUGAGUCCAAACAGAAAGAGAAAGACCAGUGCCCAUGCUGGAGUUAUUGCUGCAACACCAAAACAAAAUUUAUCAACACUUCCACCAUCUACUCCAAAUGUUGUAACACCAAUGAAUAAUAGAAAUAGUCACAAUAAUAACCACAACGACGACUUCUUUGAUCUCCAAAACUUCAACCCUAAAGACCCUGUACCAGUAACACCAAUGUCUUCCCAAAGAAAGGCAAGACAUGUCAGAACGGAAAGUACUUUCCAAAAGCUAAGAACAAACCAAUAUCAAGUUGUUGCUCAAGAUUUAAGAAAAUCAAUUGAAGAAGAUAUUGACGCAGAUGUUUCUGAUCCAGAAACAAACAGCAUUGCUUUAGCUGCAAACGAAACUGAUGAGACCACGGACGAAAUUAACAUGUUCUUGGCAGAUUUUAAUAGAACCGAGGAAUCCAAUUUUGUAUUGACAAACAAUCCAUCCAUGAAUAGAAUUCAAGCUCCACAAGUGAAGAAUUCCCUUUCCAAUUCGGAAGAUAGUGCUGGAGAUGAAGAUACCGAGAAUGAUUAUUCAGAAAGUAGUGAUAUUACUUCUGUUUCAUCAACUGCUAGUUCUAACCAUUCCCUUGUUAAAGCUCAAUCAACAAUGGAUGUAAGAGGUGAUAGAGGACAACCAGUAGUAGCUAACAGUUUAAUUUUACCAAAUGUUGGAAAGUCAAAAUCUCCAACAAUUGUACAAUCUACAGAUUACAAGUAUGACGAGAACUUGUUUGUAAAAUUAUUAACCCCAAGUUUCCACCUUACUGAGGGUUUGAGAAAGUUUAAUACCGGUAAACCAAAAGAUGCUCUCAAGUAUCUGAUAGAAAAUGCAAUUUUGCCUGAUCCAGAAGCUGGGUUAACUGAAACUAAGGAAAAACCAGAGGCAGUAAUUUCUAGAUUUAUGGCCAUUGCUGAUUCUUUGAAUAAGGAAAAACUCGGAGAAUUUUUGGGAGAUGAAAGGAAUAAUGUCUAUCUGGAAGAAUUUGUCAGAUUCCAUGUUCAAGAGCUGUACAAUGAAGAAAAGAAACAAGGUGAUGACACUUAUUUGAGCAAGUUUGAUCGUGCUCUUCGUUCAUUUUUCAUUCAAUUCAAAUUACCAAAAGAAGGACAACAAGUUACCAGAAUUGCAGAGGUCUUUGCCAAUGUGUAUAGUGAAAAUAACAAGAAUGAUGGAGAACUCAAUGGUAAUGGUGAUGCUUGCUAUUUACUUGUAUGUUCAAUGCUCAUGGUGAAUACACAAUUACACAAUCCAAUUGCGAAUAUCAAGUUAUCGAGAGAGCAAUUUGUAGAAUUAUUCUCACAAUUCAAAGAUAUUAACAUGAACUUUAUUGGAUCAUGUUACGAUACCAUCGCAAGAAAUGCUAUGGUUCUCUAUGAUGAAGAAGUUGAUUCUGAGGAUAGAACAAAUUUCGAGUCAGACGAUCAGAUCGAUUUAUUCUUCAAAUGCUACAAACCAAGAGCAGCAUUGCCAGCUUCAGCUAGUGAUUCUCAAAUAACAGUUCACAGAGCUAUCAAAUCUCUGAGUUUGGAUGGAGACAAAGUUAAGGAAUUGAUGGAAAGUGCUAUUACAUUCUUCUUCAAAGCCAAAGUUAUACAUGAUGGAGUCAUUAAUAGAAUUCAAAUCAAGGACUCUGAUCCAAAUCUCGAGUUAACAACCACAGAAACUAUUACUGAGUCUGGUUUGACAAUAACAAAAGUCAAGCUCAGGGAUCCAACAGAAAUUAAUAAUGAGGCAAAGACUGGUAAUUACUUUAUCUGUGCUUAUAGUGUUGCUGAUCGCACAAGCUUUUUGAUUGUUGAGCAUAUCAUCAAAGCAAUUAGAAAGGCCAAGAGAAGAGAAAGAAAGGCAGAAAAGAAGAAGAAUAAGUCUUCCAAGACAAAGCCUCAAUAUAGCACCUUAACUGGUUCAGUUACCGAGGAAUUACUACAAAUGCUCAAUGGAGAUGAUAGUGACUACAAUAAUGACAAGUUUAUGGUUCUUGUGGGCUGUAAAGCUGAUGUUCCAGAUGACCAAAGACAAGUUUCAAAGAAAGAAGGUGGUGAACUAGCUCUCAAGUACAGUAUUCCAUUCUUUGAAGUUUCUAAUGGAGAUAUGUUUGGAAUACGGAAAGUUUUCUUGAAUGCUAUCGAUUCCAUCAAGAGACAAAAUGCUUCAUACGUGGAUGCAGUCAAACAAAUGAAUGACUUCCACAAGAGAAUGAAUAUUGCAAAGCAAAACAAGAAAGGCCAAAUAGAUGUUAACUCUCUUGCUAUACUGCCAAAGUGUUACAUUUAAUAAAUGUUGAAUCCUUUUUCUUUGC